CAGGGAAAGAAAACUCCUAAGCAAGGAACACUGCUCAGAAAGUACUGUGCCAUGUCUCCAAAUCCCUGAGAAUCAAAUUGGAAAACUGGAAGCAACAGAAAGCAGUAUAAGCGCAAUGGCGGCGGCCGCGGCGGAGCAGCAACAGUUCUACCUGCUGCUGGGAAACCUGCUCAGCCCCGACAAUGUGGUCCGGAAACAGGCAGAGGAAACCUAUGAAAAUAUCCCAGGCCAGUCAAAGAUCACAUUUCUCUUACAAGCAAUCAGAAAUACAACCGCUGCUGAGGAGGCUAGACAAAUGGCUGCUGUUCUCCUAAGACGUCUUUUAUCGUCUGCAUUUGAUGAAGUUUAUCCAACUCUUCCUUCUGAUGUUCAAACUGCCAUCAAAAGUGAACUACUAAUGAUUAUCCAAAUGGAAACACAGUCUAGCAUGAGGAAAAAAAUUUGUGAUAUUGCUGCAGAGCUAGCCAGGAAUUUAAUAGAUGAGGAUGGCAACAACCAGUGGCCUGAAGGUUUGAAGUUUCUUUUUGAUUCAGUCAGCUCUCAAAAUAUGGGGCUUCGGGAAGCUGCCCUUCACAUUUUCUGGAACUUUCCUGGAAUUUUUGGGAACCAACAGCAGCACUAUUUAGACGUCAUCAAACGGAUGUUAGUUCAGUGUAUGCAAGAUCAGGAACAUCCAUCGAUCAGGACAUUAUCUGCUAGAGCUACAGCUGCAUUUAUUCUUGCAAAUGAGCAUAAUGUUGCUCUGUUCAAACAUUUUGCAGACUUGUUACCUGGAUUCUUACAGGCUGUUAAUGACUCUUGCUACCAGAAUGAUGAUUCGGUCCUAAAAUCCCUUGUUGAGAUUGCAGACACUGUUCCAAAGUAUUUGCGUCCUCACUUGGAAGCUACUUUACAGCUAAGUCUAAAGUUGUGUGGAGACACUAGCCUCAAUAACAUGCAACGCCAGCUUGCCCUUGAAGUAAUCGUGACCCUCUCGGAGACAGCAGCUGCUAUGUUAAGAAAACAUACCAAUAUUGUUGCACAGACUAUUCCUCAGAUGUUAGCAAUGAUGGUUGAUCUUGAAGAGGAUGAGGACUGGGCAAAUGCAGAUGAACUGGAAGAUGAUGACUUUGACAGCAAUGCAGUUGCUGGUGAGAGUGCUUUAGACCGAAUGGCUUGUGGACUUGGUGGAAAGCUGGUUCUACCCAUGAUAAAGGAACAUAUUAUGCAAAUGCUUCAAAACCCUGACUGGAAAUACCGGCAUGCGGGGUUAAUGGCCUUAUCUGCCAUUGGUGAAGGAUGUCACCAGCAAAUGGAAGGAAUUCUAAAUGAGAUAGUAAAUUUUGUUUUGCUUUUUCUUCAGGAUCCUCAUCCCCGAGUAAGAUAUGCAGCCUGUAAUGCUGUGGGACAGAUGGCUACAGAUUUUGCACCUGGCUUCCAAAAGAAAUUUCAUGAGAAGGUGAUUGCAGCACUGCUGCAGACCAUGGAAGACCAGGGCAAUCAGCGAGUGCAGGCCCACGCAGCCGCCGCUCUCAUUAACUUCACUGAGGAUUGCCCUAAGUCCUUACUCAUCCCAUAUCUAGACAAUUUGGUGAAACAUCUGCACUCCAUUAUGGUACUUAAACUUCAAGAGUUGAUUCAGAAAGGCACCAAGUUAGUUUUGGAACAAGUUGUGACAUCUAUUGCAUCAGUUGCAGAUACUGCAGAGGAAAAAUUUGUCCCAUACUAUGACUUAUUUAUGCCAUCACUAAAGCAUAUUGUUGAGAAUGCAGUUCAAAAGGAGCUCAGACUUCUCAGAGGAAAAACUAUUGAAUGCAUCAGCCUCAUUGGUCUGGCUGUUGGGAAGGAAAAAUUCAUGCAAGAUGCAUCAGAUGUAAUGCAGCUAUUGCUGAAGACCCAGACAGACUUCAGUGAUAUGGAAGAUGAUGAUCCUCAGAUCUCUUACAUGAUCUCAGCAUGGGCCAGAAUGUGCAAAAUCCUUGGGAAAGAAUUUCAGCAGUAUCUUCCAGUGGUCAUGGGACCUUUAAUGAAGACAGCUUCCAUUAAGCCUGAAGUGGCCCUUUUAGACACUCAAGACAUGGAAAAUAUGAGUGAUGAUGAUGGCUGGGAAUUUGUGAACCUUGGAGAUCAGCAAAGUUUUGGUAUUAAAACUGCAGGACUGGAAGAAAAGUCAACUGCUUGCCAGAUGCUGGUUUGCUAUGCCAAGGAAUUGAAGGAGGGCUUUGUGGAGUACACCGAGCAGGUUGUCAAACUGAUGGUCCCGUUACUGAAAUUUUACUUCCACGAUGGUGUUCGCGUGGCAGCAGCAGAAUCCAUGCCUCUUCUCCUGGAAUGCGCAAGAGUUCGUGGUCCUGAAUAUCUCACACAGAUGUGGCACUUCAUGUGUGACGCGUUAAUCAAGGCCAUUGGCACAGAGCCAGAUUCGGACGUCCUCUCAGAAAUAAUGCACUCUUUUGCAAAGUGCAUUGAAGUAAUGGGAGAUGGAUGCCUUAAUAAUGAACACUUUGAAGAAUUGGGAGGUAUACUGAAAGCUAAACUUGAAGAACAUUUUAAAAACCAAGAAUUGCGACAAGUUAAAAGACAAGAUGAAGACUAUGAUGAACAGGUGGAAGAGUCACUACAAGAUGAGGAUGAUAAUGAUGUUUAUAUUCUGACCAAAGUGUCAGACAUUUUACACUCGAUAUUCAGUAGCUACAAGGAGAAGGUGUUACCGUGGUUUGAACAACUGCUUCCAUUAAUUGUCAAUCUAAUUUGUCCACACAGACCGUGGCCAGACAGACAAUGGGGACUGUGCAUCUUUGAUGAUGUUAUAGAACACUGUAGUCCAGCCUCAUUUAAAUAUGCAGAGUAUUUCUUACGGCCAAUGCUCCAGUACGUAUGCGACAACAGCCCAGAGGUCAGGCAGGCGGCCGCGUACGGCCUGGGUGUCAUGGCACAGUGUGGCGGAGAUAACUACCGCCCUUUUUGUACAGAAGCACUUCCGCUGCUGGUAAGAGUUAUUCAGUCUGCUGAUUCCAAGACCAAAGAAAAUGUCAACGCUACAGAGAACUGCAUCUCAGCAGUAGGGAAAAUUAUGAAGUUCAAGCCUGAUUGUGUGAAUGUAGAAGAAGUCCUCCCACACUGGUUGUCUUGGCUUCCGCUGCAUGAAGACAAAGAAGAAGCUGUUCAGACUUUCAGUUAUCUGUGCGACCUUAUUGAAAGUAAUCACCCAAUUGUUCUUGGCCCAAACAAUACCAAUCUGCCCAAAAUAUUCAGUAUAAUUGCAGAAGGAGAAAUGCAUGAGGCCAUUAAACAUGAAGAUCCUUGUGCCAAACGUCUGGCUAAUGUCGUUCGCCAAGUACAGACUUCUGGAGGAUUGUGGACUGAAUGCAUAGCACAGCUCAGUCCUGAGCAGCAGGCAGCCAUACAGGAGCUCCUGAACUCUGCUUGAAGGGCCUUAAUAUCACCACCAGAAAACUAACUCCAAAUAAACGUUUACCCUUUUGUUUAGGUUUCUUUGUUUUGUUUUUAAGCAAAAGAGAACGUUAGAAUUGUGUGUCGGCUGCUCUUCUGCACAGCCACAGCAGCAGGAUAAGCAGCUCUGGGUCUCAGAAUGGCAUUUAAAUGAAUUUCUAUCAACCACUGAAGAAGUUCCGUAAGUCCUACAGUAGCACUGAAGAGUAUUUUUCUAUUGGUAAAACCCACCCAUGUGAAGGUGAAAGGGAAAUAAAAUUAAUUUUUCUCGUUAGACAUAAGGAAAUUUGACACAACAGCUGUAACAUCAGUUACUCAUCAUAGAUGUUUGUUAAAUUGUUAUACAGCUAUCGUGUUCAUUCUAUUAAUUGGAGUGUGAGUCUUUUCGUAGGGUAGAAAGAAGCCUCUACCCAACAAACUAGUAGAUCCAAGCAUAGGGGGAAAGCUGAAGACACACACAAGCAGCAUGAAGAUGUCUGAUUUGGUGGCACUUUCAGUUCUUUUCUCCAAAAGAUUUACACAGUGACUCCACUUGGAUGGCUUCUCAGCUUCCAGCCCUUGAAUGUGAAGUGUUGUUGGCAUGUCUGGCAGUAGUAUCUCAUUCACUCCUCAAUAAACAGCAUUGAAAUACAAAAGAAGCUUGUGUAAAAAUUUGGUACUGUCUGGCUUCAUUUAAUGUUUUUAAUAUAAGAAUAUGAUAUUUUUUUAAAGUAUUAACUAUGGCUCUGAAUUCCCCACCCCCCAAUGUUUUCCUUGUGCAAUUCAAACUUAAAAGCACCUGGUUUUUUACUGUCUUCUACUUUAAUUUAAAUUGUUGUGAUACACCUUCUCCUUCACAAUUGGUGUUCUUUUGACGUUUGCAAAUUUCAAUCAGUAGUUUUUUUUAAACUAGAAUUGUUCUGGUUAGAUCAGAAAGAUUAGGCCUAGAGUUUUCACUGCAAAUUGUAGUUGCUAUAGAGCCACACACAACUUUUAAACUUUUAAUUUUAUGAUAAGUAUUAUGGUUAAGAUGAUUUACUGAUAAAUUCAGUAAAAUGUGUGAAUGUUUUUUUCUUUAUGUAUUAACCUCAUAGCAGUAAAUGACUUGCUAUUGUUUCUUUUAAGUGAUUUUUCUAAGGGAUCUUACUAGAUUUCUGUUGAAACUUCAGUGUUAACAUUUUUAUAGUUUGUACUAAAUUUACCCAUGAUACAAAAAUGAAUUUUAUGCCUAGAUCAGAAUUUAAAAUUAAAGAUUUUUUCUUUAAA